AGUGGAUCGCAAAUGACUCGUCAGCUCACAAAUGGCUUUAAGCAGCUGCCCCGCUCCUGCCUCGCCGGCUGAAGACAAUGCGGCCCGAAGACAUCCAUGAGUGCCGAGAGGAGCAGCGGCCCCUGAAGCAGUCUCUGAGCGCCUCGCUGUGCCGGGAGUCGCACUGGAAAUGCCUGGUGCUCACCGUGCUGAUGCUGGGCUGCGUUGGCGUGGUGGCCUGGUGCCACCUGUCCACCGUCACCCGCCUGUCCUUCCGCACGCCCCUGAUGGGCGGCGGGGGCGGUGUGGGCGGGGGGGAGUCGAUGGUCUACCAUGAGAGCCCGUGCUCCAGCGGCUACGUCUACAUCCCGCUGGCCUUCCUGCUCAUGCUGUACGUGGUGUACCUGGUGGAGUGCUGGCACUGCCACGCCGGGCGGGAGGCCCAGCACCGUGUGGACGUGCACGGUGUGUACGAGCGGGUGGAACGCCUCCAGCGGGCCAGCCCCUGCAUCUGGUGGCGGGCCGUCAGCUACCACUACGUCCGGCGGACACGCCAGGUCACCCGCUACCGCAACGGCGACGCCUACACCACCACGCAGGUGUACCACGAACGGGUCAACACCCGCCUGGCCGAGUCCGAGUUCGACUACGGGCGCCACGGGGUGCGGGACGUCUCCCGCGGGCUGGCGGGCCUGGGCGACCACCCGGCCACCCGCCUGCGCUUCACCAAGUGCUUCAGCUUCGCCGGCGCCGAGGCGGAGACGGCCUACCUAACGCAGCGGGCGCGCUUCUUCAGCGACAACGAGGGCCUCGACGACUACCUGGAGGCCCGCGAGGGCAUGCACCUGAGGGACGUGGACUUCAAGGAGAGGAUGGUGGCCCUCUCCGACCCCAAGAGCCCGCCCUGGUACGUGUCGCCCUCCAUCUUCUGGACCGUGUCGCUGGUGGUCCUCAGCUGGCCCCUGCGAGUGCUGGCCGAAUACCGCACCGCCUGCCUCCACUACCACGUGGAGAAGCUGUUCGGGGCCCCCGAUGGUGACGGAGGGGCCCCCCACUCCUCUAGGCCCACCGCCACCACCACAGUGGACGUGACCGAACUGGAGUGGCACAUCUGCACCAACCGCCAGCUGGUGCCCACCUACUCCGAGGCCCUGCUGAUGGAGGCCUCCUCCCACCCUAGGCCCUGCCGGGGCUGCCGACGCUCCCUCAGCAGCUUGUCGCUCCCCUCCCGCGUCCCACGCCCGCGCGCCCGCCUGCCCUUCAGCCGAAGCCGCUUCUCCCUGGGCCGGGCCUGCAUCUUCAGGAGCCUGAGUGGGGGCCUGAGGAGGAGGGAGGGGGAGGAGGAGGAGGUGGUGGUGGUGGUAGGGGGGGGGGAGGAGGAGGAGGAGGAAGAGGGGGAGGAGGGGGAGAGGGUCGAGGGGGACCUACCGCCCACCUACCAAGAGGCCCUGCGUUUCCCCCGCCUCCUGGUCCACGGUGGAGACGGUUGCCAGGGGCACCAGCCCCGGCAACGGGAUGGGGAUGGGGAUGGAGAGGCAGAGGGACCAGACACGCCACUGUGAUCAUUGAACCUUGCCUCUCUCCU